GAAAGGUCUGUUUUUUUCUUCUCGUCAUAUAAGAGUCGGUGUAGCCGAAGUUGAGUUUACAUCACUCGAGUCUUACUUGUCACACUUUAUACACAAAAUUUGCGGUGUGUGGUAAACUAAUAAGAAGUGUUAAAACAUAGCCUGAGUUCGUUUUAGUGGCUCACCCGCACAGGGAGAGCACUUUAGGAUGGAUAGCUGCUUUUAGCUUGAGUGUGGAGGUCCUUCCAUCGUGGAAAGUUAGCACAUAGUUUCGCCUGCUGCCUUAUUAUCUCUUUUUUCCUCAACACCACAUUUCAGAAAAUUAUCGUGGUCGUUCUGAUAUUUGGAGGAGAAAAAAAAGAAGGCGGAAAGUGAAGCUUGCGGGGCUGUGAAACAACAUGCCGGUAAGGCGUUUCGGCGGUCACGGGUAUCUGGUGAAACGCUCUGGAACGCCCAAACUCUCGUAUGGUUUCUCCAAAAUGAACGUGUCAAAAAGUGGAUACCGGGUUUUCUCCGCCAACUCCAGCGCCGCCUGCGCCGAGCUCGCCAAGAAGAUAACAGAACGCUUGGGUGUAGAGUUGGGCAAGUCUGUGGUAUACCAGGAGGGAAAUGCAGAGACCAGAGUGGACGUGAAGGAGUCUGUGCGCGGGCAAGACAUCUUCAUCAUUCAGACCAUUCCCAGAGACGUCAACACGGCCAUCAUGGAACUGCUGAUCAUGGCGUAUGCCCUGAAAACGUCCUGCGCCAAGAACAUCAUCGGGGUCAUCCCGUACUUCCCUUACAGUAAGCAGUGCAAGAUGAGGAAGAGGGGCUCCAUCGUCUGCAAACUACUUGCCGCCAUGUUGGCUAAAGCUGGGUUGACCCACAUCAUCACCAUGGACCUCCAUCAGAAGGAAAUCCAGGGCUUCUUCAGCUUCCCCGUCGACAACUUGAGAGCUUCCCCCUUCCUCAUCCAGUACAUCCAAGAAGAGAUCCCAGACUACAGGAACGCUGUCAUUGUUGCAAAGUCCCCGUCGGCUGCCAAGCGGGCUCAGUCCUACGCCGAGAGACUGCGGCUCGGUCUGGCCGUCCUGCACGGCACCGCUCCCGGUCUCGAGUCCAACGCGGGCGACGGGCUGUACUCGCCCCCGCCGGCUCGCCCCAGCGCGGGACACACCGGCCUGGAGCUGCCGUGCGGCAGCGGAUCUCGUGCCCCGUUUCCUGGGAUUGAGCUUCCAAUGAUGAUGGCCAAGGAGAAGCCACCGAUCAGUGUCGUCGGGGAUGUGGGUGGAAGAAUUGCCAUCAUUGUUGAUGACAUCAUCGACGACGUGGAGGAGUUUGUCGCCGCCGCAGAGAUCCUGAAGGAGCGAGGCGCCUACAAGAUCUUCAUCAUGGCCACGCACGGCCUGCUGUCUGCCGAGGCGCCCAGACUCAUUGAGGAGUCUGCCAUUGAUGAGGUGGUGGUGACCAACACUGUGCCCCACGAGGUGCAGAAGCUGCAGUGUCCAAAGAUCAGGACGGUGGAUGUGAGCAUGAUCCUGGCCGAGGCCAUCCGCCGCAUCCACAACGGAGAAUCCAUGGCCUACCUGUUCCGGAACAUCGCCGUGGACGACUGAGGCAACACACAACAAAUGACACUACAUCACCGAGCAUGAUCGUGGGAACAAUAUUUGACAAGUGUUUUCGCUUAUACAGACAUGAUGUAUCGCAUGCAGCUUCUCACCAUUUGGCAAAUAAAACUAUUUUUCUUGGGUGACAUA